AUGCGCAGUUUCGACGGGUCGUCUUAACUCAUUCCGAGGUGGUUUAAACUAGAUGUAUUUGUCCCUGUCCAUGUAAAGGACUCAACACUACACAGUGCGUACUCUGCCAAGUCAGUCCGUUCAAAGACAUGUCCUCAAAUAGCCAAACAAGCCGGCAAAUUCCAGCUGAGGAUGUCAGGAAUAAUCCACCUUCAACAAUGUGCCAUGGUAGGAAACGAGGAUCAGAUGGACACCUAAGGUUAAAGGGAGACGCAAAACCUUCAGUUGGAGCAAAGAGAGAAUACAGACACAAAGACAACAGAUCUGAAAGUUUCACUACUCCGGAGACCGAUCGACCGUCGUCCAGAUGCAAAGACUGGGGAAGUGAAGUCGAACAGGAUGAGAUGAAAAUGAGUGUUAACCGUGACAUGCAGAGAUAUAGAAGGAGAAUUCUCACAGCAGAGUUUGCUUCUAGGGAAAGGAAGAUCUCAUCUGGAAGCUGUGACUCAAGAGAUUCUGCUAGCCCUGCAGAGUUGGAAACAGACGAGAAUGUUCUAUUGAGGAGACAAAAACAAAUAAAUUACGGGAAGAACACCCUUGCUUAUGAUCGCUACAUCAACGAAGUGCCAAAACAUGUCAGGCAGCCAGGAGUCCACCCCCGAACGCCCAACAAGUUCAGGAAGUACAGUCGCCGCUCAUGGGAUCAGCAGAUCAAGAUGUGGAGGGUCAAGCUCCAUGCAUGGGAUCCUCCUGCUCAAGAUGGGGACCUCCAAGCUAUAGACCAGAUAGACCUCGGUGAUGUCAUGGAUAUUGAGUUGGACCCUGAUGUGGAGAUUGACAGUCAAUACCCUUGCAAGACAUCUGCAGAAGAUGAGAUGGAUUGUUACUCUGGGACACCCAGAAAAAUGCAGAAAACUGAGGAACUGGGACAAGCGUAGAAGGCACUGGAAGAACAGCAGCGUCCUGAGGCUGAGUGGACUAUACGCAAGAAUUAUUGGCCUGAGAUUUAACACUUUCCAAGGCCUAAACAAUUGUGACUUCCAACCAUACAACUUGCAAUUUUACUGGCUCAAACUGGGAAGUGUUACCUUUUUUUUUUUUUCUUUCUUUUAUAAGCUUGAUGUUGGAAUUUUUGUUUUGCUUUUAAAUACUUAAAAUAUGUUGUAUGUGAGUAGUUUGUACAUAAAUCUCUCUUAUUUUGACUUUUUUUUUUACUUUUAAUAAAUGCUGAAAAGUAAUAUGAAUAUUUUGUUGUAAUUAGAAAUGGUUGAACUUUUUGUAAGUAAUAAAUAAAAAUUUGAAUCAAA